GUUCCUUGAUUUUGUUCGCUUCCUUCCUUCUCUCUCUACAGUUCGUUUCAACUUUCAGGUUCGUCCUUCAGAUCUCUUCCUAAGAAAAUAUGUAUCUGAUGCACGUAGGUUUCCGACUUCUUCGCGAACUUCCAAACUUUCAUGCUUUUACUCGCCGGGCUUUUCUAAUGAGUCACCGAAUACUGAAAGAUGGUACAAAGGCUGAGACUCAUGCCACUUCCAGUAUCAGCACUGGAUCUAUUGUGCUAAUCGUAUUCCUUGUCCUCGUGGUCCUCGUGGUGAUCUUUUUGUUCCUUUUCAAGUUCUGGCAAAAGAAGAAAAGAGAGGAGCAGUAUGCCCGUCUUUUGAAGUUGUUUGAAGAGGACGAUGAACUUGAACUUGAACUUGGUCUUCGGGAUUGACCCAAAACCUUACAAUUUUAUGUUGAGUACAGUUGAGGUGUGUCUCACGUCAAUAUGCGUUUUUUAUUUUUCAUGGACAAGACUUUCUUGAUCCAGCUUAUUAUUUGGUUAAAAGGGAAUGAAAGAUUUUGUGUGCAUAUGAGAAUGUAUUCGUUUUGCUGGCCUCUCUUGUAGUUGGCUGUUUCUUUCAUGAGCUUGUGUUAGUGCCACUGAGUUUUGUUGUUCUUGGUUUUAGCAGUACUACAAGGACUGGUCAUGUAAUUUCUGAGUUUUCAAAUUUAUGUAAUGGAGUUUGUUUUUUA